AUGGCCAGGAACCGCAUCAUCUUCUGGGACGGCCUGUGGCGUCACAAGACGGCCAAACAGGCCCCGGUUCCGAACUCCGGCACGACGUGUGAGAAGCGCAAGGAGAGGUCCGGGCAGGACGCCGCGCCCGACUGGAAAUGUCCGUUCCGGGACCUGCUGGGGUGGAUGGUGGAGUUGACGUAUGUCAUUGACACGAAGCCGUGUGCCGAGUGUAGACACAAGUGCAAGGCUCGCUUUGACAAGAGGAUCGAGGAGGAAGAAAGGGCAGCUGAGCGGGAAAGGCAAGGGGGGGAUAUACCACAGUGA